UCACCCUCCUCGGAUAUGAACUCUCUACCCGCAGACCUGCUGCUCAUUCUGGGUUCAGUAAGGCUUCAUGGACGAGGCGCAGGGAUGGCUGAGCGAGUUAGACUUUUGCAGGUCGUGACCGCGCUGCUCCUGCUGUUCCUCCAGGGUUCAGAGCAGGCGGGCGGCGCGGGGAUGCGGGGGAGCCCGGAGAAAUGCGGGUAUAAGGGAGUCCAGUCUAGCUCGGACGAGAGCGGCCGUAAGCUCAUCACGUAUCGAAAUGACAACUGCUCUCUGAACACCAAUCUGUGGGGGAAGCAUGCCAUCCAUGAAGUGAACAACAUCACCUUCACCCACUUAUCCUGCGAUAAUCAGGCGGCUGUUGUAGUCCACUGGAUGGCAAGUCCACUUGGUAUUGAACAUGUGAAGGGAUUUCGAGUUUACCUGGAGGACAAGAAUCCGGAAGAGAAGCAGUGCCAACACAUGAUCCUGAAGGAUCCUCGGCAGCUCAACUUCUCCUUUAAGAACGUGAAGGUGAGCUCUCAGCCCUUCGUUGGUCUGGCCUUCGAGAUGGACUACAUGGUCAGAAUCGUGCCCUUCCCCACCUUCAUGAACGACAGCUUCUUCCCUCCGUCCUUCCUGCGCACUAACAGUUGUGAAGUGCUUCUUGGCCCAGAUAACCUCGUCUGCAAACCAUUCUGGAAGCCCAAGAUGCUCAACGUCUCCCAGCUUGGCUCCAAUUUGCACGUUGUGUUCGACCACGCUCCGCCUACCUUCGGCUUCAGCUCCUACUACCUGUACUAUAAGCUGCGCCAGGAAGGGCACUUCAAACUCAAGCGCUGCAAACCGGAGAUGAAUGGGCCUAAAACAACAUGCGUUCUACAAGACGUCACGCCUGGAACCUAUUCAAUAGAGCUUCGUGACGACAGCAAUAACACCAGGCGUCAGACUCAGUAUCAUGUGAGCCAAGUGCACUCUCCGUGGGCCGGUCCCAUACGUGCCAUGGCCAUCACCGUGCCUCUGGUCAUCAUGUCGGCCUUCGCCACGCUUUUCACCGUCAUGUGCCGCAAGAAACAGCAAGAGAACAUCUACUCCCACCUGGACGAGGAGAGUUCAGAGUCGUCGUCCCACACCACGUCUCUGAGCGCCGAGAGGCCCUGGCCCCGGCCCAAAGUCUUCAUCUGCUACUCCUCCAAAGACUGCCCCAAACACCUCGCUGUCAUCCAGAGCUUUGCCUUCUUCCUGCAGGACUUCUGCGGCUGUGAGGUGGUUCUGGAUCUUUGGGAGCAUUUGGAAAUCUGUAAAGAAGGUCAGAUAGCCUGGCUGAGCCGGCGCAUUGAUGAGGCUCACUUCCUCAUCACCGUCUGCUCCAAAGGCCUCAAGUACUUUGUGGAGAAAAAGCACCGGAAGGGCAAGGCCACCUCUAAAGAGAAGAACAGAGAACCUAACCUCAGCUCCAACCCUGGAGACGUGAGCAGCAGGGACCUGUUCGUGGUGGCCACGGCCAUGAUCGCGGAGAAGCUGCACGAAGCGCGGCGGAGUUCCUCCGAUCUCUCGCGCUUCCUGGCCGUCUACUUCGACUACUCGCGCGAGAGCGACGUGCCCACCUCACUGAGCCUGGCGCCCAAGUUCAAGCUGAUGGAGCAGCUUCCUCAGCUCUUGGCACAGCUGCACUCGCGCCACCUCGGCCAUCCGGCUCCCAGCGUCAGCAAGCGCAACUACUUCCGCAGCAGGUCGGGCCGCUCGCUCUACGUGGCCAUCUGUAACAUGCACCAGCUGGUGUCGCAGGAGCCUGAUUGGUUCGAGCGUCAGCUGAUGCCGCCGCCGCCACGCCAGCCUGAAACCAGCAAGCAGGAGAAGCUGGAGAGGCUGGAUUCUGGGCUGGUGCUGAACGAGGUGGUGCUGAAGAGACCCUCGGACAGCGAGUGCCCCGUCAGGAGCAACGCCCUCCUCCUGCCCACGAUGCCCAAACUGGGGGCCUUCCUAAUCUCAGGACCCCAGCUGAGCUGUGGUCAGGGGGAGGUUGGAGAAAGCUCAGCGUCAACUUCUUCAUCUUCAUCGUCCUCCAGUCAAGAGGCGGGGGUUUCUCCUCAGCCUUUUCAUAUGGACGGCUCGGCGAGCCCCCCAGAAAUGCCCAGAGACUCUGGCAUCUAUGACUCGUCCGUGCCGUCCUCAGAGCUGUCCAUCCCACUGAUGGAGGGGCUUUCUCCAGACCAGGCCGACUCGUCUUCCUUGGCGGACAGCGUGUCGUCUUCCUCUGGACUAGGUGAUGAGGAGCCCCCUGCUGUCAGCUCUCUACACUGCACCCCCACCAUCUGCAAAGCCGAGCUCCACCACCACAAUGCUGAGCAGAUGGAAGGACUAAUAGAAGCAGCGUCAAACUAGUGGCCUUUAUCUGGACUUGCAUCGCCACUUUACUGCUCUACGUUUCUAUUCGCCAACAAACCCCUCGCAGUACAUCCUACAAAAACAUCCAUCCACAUCCGAGACCUCCAGGUUCUCCUCAGGGGAGACGCUGGUUGACUGAGACUUUGAUGAGACUUUGAUGAGACUUUGAUGAGACUUUGGUGAGACUUUGGUGAGACUUUGGUGAGACUUUGGUGAGAAAGCGACUGCUGAAGAGAGGAUGCAGCGAGGGGAAGCUAUUUAACCAAAGCGUCUGUGCUGUUUUUAAGCACGGCCUUCUUUCUCGUAGUGUUAGCACUAAAGCGUUACGACAGUUAGCAUAGCACAAAACAACCAUUUUAUCCAAUCCAUCCAUUAACCAAGUGCUGUUCACCACUUCCUCCAAUGGUCGGACUCUGUGGCUCGUUGGAAUCUAUGACAUCGUGCUGUACGCUGGUUUACGGUUUAUUAUGUUGAAUAUGGAAGUAUGGAAAUCAUUGAGCUUUUAAAAAAAAUUAUAUUACUGUUUUAUUUAUUGGUUUUUAACUUUUCUCAACGAUGGUUUCACAUUUGGUUCUUCAUGGAUGGUUCACAUUACAGACAUUAAUGUUAUUUCUGCCCUAUUUUUUUGUUGUAUUCUUCAGUCAGUGCCAACAAAUAUGCAAAAUAUGCAAAAUACCCUUUUUCCUCCUUUUUUUACAGUAACGUUGUACUAAGGACUCACUUCAAGAAUGUGUUUAAUCUCGUGGAUUGAAUAUUGAAUGAGCGAUGAAUUACAAUUAAUACGUAAAUCACAUGAAUUACAUGAACAAAGGGAAGAGCAGGAAACUGAUUGACAGUUUUGUCAAUAUGUUAAAAUUCUACUUUUUCUAGUUUUUGUGUUUUUUGUACAGUUUUGUUUUUUAAUAUUAGAGAUUUCUACAUUACAUAUGAACUUUGUACUGUUUUAUAGUACUCUAAUGUAGGAACUAUGUGAUAAUAAACUAAAAUGUUUAUGACCAA